AAACAAAAAACUCUCCAGAACGACCUUCUUCGGAACCCAACAAUCAUUCUCCCAAACUCCCGGGAACAUUUUGUUUCGAGUUCCUGAAGCCUUAACGAUGCUAAAUCUGCAAUAAAAUUCCUACUUUUCCCCAAUUCGCAGAAAUCAGUUUUGGUCACAAACGUGCAACAAAACUUUUGGUGUUGGCAGGAUAUCGUCUGGUUCAAUUGAACAUCCAAGUUCAGUACAAACAAACAACGAAAUGUUACCCCCAGUCGAGGAAGCUGUUCUUCAAAAUAAUCCCAAGUUCGCAGAUCUGUAUAAGAAACUUUCAACUAAUAUUCUUAAUCCUAAUGGAUCUACCAAAAAUCAUCCUGCCCAAAAAGAGCGGGACAUUGUUUCCGCUGUAGCUACACCCCUUCCACAUUGAUAUCUUGUAUAAUCACUAAUAUAACUUCGUAGACAUUGAAGACGGCUAGAAUAGAGGCAGCAAAAUCGCAGAUCCUAGUAUCCUCUCUUUCCUCCCUCGACCUCUCACCACCACCUCCCAUCCCCGCUAAACCUCGGACCCGAACCUCGCAAGCCGCGCCCCCAAGAAAAGCCGCAGAGCUACCAGACGAACUUGUCGAAUUGAUCAUUCUACUCACAGCAAAUCUUUCCCUCCCUCUCCAAAGCCGACACCAUAUUGCUCGAAUCCACACCGACCUACCAUUCCCUGGCCACCCUCCACCAACCUCCUCAUCUCCCUCUCGCGCAUUCUCACCCCUACAACCAACCCCUCCUUCCUGCACCGUCAAAUCCCCGCCCUCCUCCCCAGCGUCCUAUCCCUCCAAUCCUCACUCACAACGCAAUCCCACAACCUCGCCCUCUCCCGCAUCAGCAUUGUCAACACCACCACGCAACUCCUCAAAUUCUACCACCAAGCCACAGUCCUGAUCAUCCAGCUUCUCGAGCGCUCAAAACACGGUCCUUUAACUCGACACACCACCACAAAAAUUUCCCUUCUAACCCUUCAAUCCCGGACUAUCUCCUACGAGCUACAACUUAAAUAUCUGCAGGGAGAGAAAAUUAUCUAUGAUGAGCGGACAGUCGAGGCGCUUCAAAAUUAUAUGCGGGAAUUACGUGGGGGUAGAGAGAGGUUGAAGGAGAGAGUUAAGUUAAAGGAGAGGGAUUUAUG